CAUGUAAGGUAUAUGGAAAACAUUAAGAAGUCCCGAUCAGAGAGUCCAAACAUGAUGCACUUGAGAAAGGCACGAUUAUCGACCAAUCAGAGGAGAUCCUUACUCAGCUUGGCGCGGCGUGUGCAAGAACUUGACGAUCGGGCAACUCCCUCUGCCACCACUAUCACCACCGCCGCCAACCCCAUUGACCGUCUCCCCUCCUUGCUCCGGGCCGGCUUCACAUCAGUAUGUUGGCUCGAUCAGCACUGCGUACGGCGCGCACAGCCGGCGCUGCGGCUCGCAACGCUGCCAGCAAACCAGCUUCGCGCUUUGCCUCGACAUCUAGCUCCACUGCCGAGGGAGCUGGCGCUUCCUGGAAGAACAAUGCCCUCCCCGCCGGCGCCACGGUUUUCGCCAUUGGCUCGGUUGGCUGGUACAUGCAUCUCUACGGACGAGACGUCGAUGCGAUGACGCCCGCGGAAGAAGGUCUGCACCCGACCCAGUACCCGUGGCAGCACGAGAAGUGGAACCAGACGUUCGACCACAACGCUCUCCGCCGUGGUUUCCAGGUCUACCGCGAAGUCUGCGCAUCCUGCCACUCUCUCUCCCGUGUCCCCUACCGCGCAGUCGUUGGUCAGUUCAUGACUGUCGAUGAGGCCAAGGCCCUCGCCGAGGAGAACGAGUUCGACACCGAGCCCAACGAUCAGGGUGACAUCGAGAAGCGUCCCGGAAAGCUUUCCGACUACCUGCCUUCGCCCUACAAGAACGACGAGGCCGCUCGCGCUUCCAACAACGGUGCCCUUCCCCCGGAUCUAUCGCUCAUUGUCAAGGCUCGCCACGGUGGUUGCAAUUACAUCUUCAGCUUGUUGACUGGGUACCCCGAGGAACCACCUGCCGGUGCUGUUGUUCCGGAAGGUCUGAACUUCAACCCCUACUUCCCCGGUACCGGAAUUGCCAUGGCCCGUGUUCUCUACGACGACUUGGUCGAGUACGACGAUGGAACAAAGGCAUCGACUUCGCAAAUGGCCAAGGACGUCACCGAGUUCCUGAACUGGGCUGCCGAGCCUGAGAUGGACGACCGCAAGAAGAUGGGAUGGAAGGUCUUGGCCGUCACCAGUGUUCUUUUCACCAUCAGCGUCUGGGUUAAGAGAUACAAGUGGGCCCCACUAAAGACCCGAAAGCUUGUCUACAGCCCGCCCGCCCAGAAGCGCAUUCUCGACAAUAUCCCCAAGCCAAACACCCAAGGCAAGACGAACCAAUAGAUGUGGAGCGUAUUUGCAUUCCGGAGAGUGGGAAGGAGAGCCGAGUAGAGAGGGUGUGUGUUCUAUAUCUUGUACAGUGCCAGAUACUUGCUCAAAAUACGAGUUCUGAACUUUUUCUUUUGACUGGUGACGUGGAUAUAGAUCUUUCCAGCUCUGCUGAUGUAGUGUAGCGUCAAUACAGCUUUCGACCUGUUU